CAUUGACAGAUACGUCAAGAAAUCGAGUAAACAGAUAAAAAUGUAUAUGUCAGAGUGUUGAAGCAACCAACAGUAUGGAGGAUCUAAAAUUUAAAUUCCUUGGCCUCAUUAAUAAACAGAAUGUAGCCAAAGUCCCAAUUAUGGGAUUACAUUUGGACCUGCUUAAUCCUCCAGACUCACAGAAAACAGAAGACAUACAAUCAAAAGCUGACCACUCAACGGAAAGUGAACCCAUCACCGACGAAGACAUAUUAAAAUCUAUAGAAGAAAUUUAUUUUAACACCGAUCACAAUUUCGAUUCUUGUAGGCACGAACUAGAAAAAUUGCCAAAAGUGUUACACUCCAAAGAGAUAGAAAAAAGUUAUAAAAAGCUCAAACAACAACAUCAGGUUGUAUCGAAUAAGGUUUUACAACUGAUUUUAAAAAAACAGAAUGCUUGUAAGAAGGAGUUUGAGAAGAUAUUAUUGAUACAAGAACAGCUGCAAGAUGUAUUAGAGAUAUGCAGAAUGGGAAGGGCAGACUUAAAAUUAGCUGAGAAACAAUUUACAACAGCCAGCUUAGGAAUUCUAGCGAAUUAUCAAAAGAGACAAAUUGUGGAAGAAUUAUUGAAUAACUUGAACACUAUUAAAACAUUGCAACGUAUAGGAGAUCGAUUGCAGGAACUUCUAAAUGAGAAAAAUUACCCUAGAGCAAUCUCAUUGCUUUUGGAGUGCCAGAGUGCUGCACAGACAUAUAAACAUUUUCAUUGUAUUACUGCUUUAACUGGAAAAUUGCAAGAUAUAUUGGAACAAGCAGAGGAAGCACUGGAUGUUACACUUUCAAAGAUGUGUACAGAGUUCAACGUAGAAACAUAUACGUCUGUACAAGAAGCUUAUUCUCUAUUAGGAAAAACUCAAUCCGCAAUGGACCAGUUGCAUAUGCAUUUUACAGCGGCGAUUCACAAUACUGCUUUUGCAGCUGUUCAUUCGUACGCGGGAGGAGACACGAAAAGACAGUAUAAACAGCUUUGUCAAUCAGUUCCUCGCGAAAGUUGUAUUGCAUGUCUAACAGAACUGUGCAAAUCACUGUGGACGAUACUAAGCUCCUACUACUUGGUGGUAAAUUGGCAUAACACACGAGAGAGUAAAAUUAAGUUCGACCCCGCUACUAAAGACUUAGAGGAGACUUUUAGUAAAGAGUACGUGAAACGUAAAUUAGGAAACAGUAUGAUUCGAAUAUGGCACGACGUUGAAAUGAAAAUAUCAAUAUUUUUAAUGAAUGCCGAUUUAACGUACAUUAAGUUUGAACAGUUUGUUCAAGUUCUAGGCAUAGUUAACAGAUUAAUGGAGAUCGGAGAGGAAUUAUGUGGCUUUAAGUCAGAAAACUUACAAGAAUCCAUAAGGAAACAAUCGUUAUCGUAUUUCUCCCACUAUCAUGCAUCCAGGCUAGAUGAACUCAGAAUAUUUUUAGAAAACGACGGAUGGGAAUUAUGUCCUGUCAAGUCGAACUUUGUAGCGACGCAAUUACAGGAGUUUAAAAGUUUAAACCCGUCGCUUAGUAUUUGUAAAGUGUGGAAUAACUUGGACAACUCAAAUGUUAGUGAGAAUGAUAAUUUGUUGGGGAUUGAAUGGGUACAGAAAUAUUUGGAAGGAGGUGUGUCUCCAUUUUCCAUAGGUUUAGAUGAUACUAUGGACGAGGAUAUCUUAGUGAACAAUGAGGAAAAUCCAGGGGCGUACUUUUCCGAUGAGUCUGACGAUGAUAUCCCAGAUGAAUUAAAACACGAGUACGUCGACGAUUCCGAUCAUAUUAGGACGAAUAAAAAGAAAUGCAAACUGAAACAAUCUGGACCCAUGGUUACGAACACUACGUUAAGUAUAUUACGUAUCUGCGGAAAGUAUUUACAGAUGUCUCGCCUCUUACGUUCGAUCGCAGUCACCGUUAUACAAAGUAUGAUACAGUUUUAUGAGCUGUGUUUCUACACGGUACAUUUAUUCUUUACUGCAGACCUUAUGAUAAAUAGCGAUUCGUUGUACAGUCCGAAGCUGAAAUUGUCAUUGGCAAGAAUUAAGGAAAAUUUAAUCGUUUAUGAAAACAGUACCGAGGAUACCGUUAAAUUAAAUUCUAAUAAAGUCCGACAGCCGCAACUCUCUUCCAUCGUAAACUUAACACAACCAGAACAACUGCAUGGUUUGACCGAGCGUAUAGUAGCAGUAGAAUCUCUGAUAUUUUUAGGACGACAAUACGAAGGCUUAAAGCCAUAUUUAGAGCACCUUAUAGCAUCCAGCCCGCAACGAGGAUUUCUUCAUCAGUUUUAUAUGCAAACAAUUGCGUCGACCAUAGACUUGAGAAAACCUGUAUACAUGGCGGUUGCGUCACAGGCGCUCGACGUUGCGAAUAUUUUAAACUUAAUGAACAAAGUUAAUUGGGAAGUAACGGAUGUGAUGUCUCAACAUAGCGGUUAUAUCGAUGCGUUACUUCAGGAAAUAUACAUUUUAAACGAAAGGCUGCAAAAUAUCGGAACUUCUCUUCCUUUGUCAAACGAUGUGUGUAAUGCUGUUUGGGAAAACGUUGCACACCUCAUAACCCACACUAUGGUAGAAGGAUUCGCUGACGCCAAAAAGUGUUCGAACGGAGGCAGAGCAUUGAUGCAGCUCGACUUCACGCAACUGAAAUCAAAGUUUGAGACGUUAACAUCCCUGAGACCAAUGCCGCACAGAGAAUACGUCGAGAUAUACAUUAAGGCGUACUAUCUACCAGAGAAUAGUUUAGAAGAGUGGAUAAAAGAGCAUAAGGAAUAUUCCGUGAAGCAUUUAAUCGGAUUAAUUUCAUCGGCGUGUCAAAAUAAUAAGAAAACACGACAGCGAUUGGUAGCUGUAAUAGAAGAACAACGAUCUGGCAGAUAGCAUCAAGUUAUCCAUUACAGUAUAUAUCAAGAUCACGUCGAAAUAGGAACUGCUUGAACGCCCAAUUCUUUACUAGGAAAGCUUACGAUCGAAAUGAGCCUUUUUUUGGAUUAAAUCUGGUACAAAAUGUGACCACUAAGAUCUGUCUAUAUUCGUUAUUAUCUACAUGUAGCAUCAGGUUUCUUAAAAAACAAAUUUCCAUGUAAAUAAUCGAGAAUAAGGAAAAGUAUCGUUAUAUCAACAAGCAGUCUGAGUUAGUGUCUCUCUAAUUUUCAUAACAAUUACUUUUGUUCAGUGCACGAAAA